AUGGAGACCUUGUUAGCGGCUGGUCAGGCGAGUGCGAAAGUGAGGCUUCCUUUACGUUCUUCGAUUUUAUGUCCGUAUAUGGUGGAGUCUUCUUUCCCUACUGGAACCUAUACGGAGAGGAAUAAAGGCGUGAUUGUUAACUGUGGAGAGAUGGAAGAAAUGUUGUCGGUGGUGGCUCGGGACGUUUCUCGAGCAAGAGUAACUUCGUGGUGCCACUGUCUCGAUAAGGGGCACAUCGUCGCUGAUGACUUUGGAAUAGAAAACAACCUUGGUGAAAAGUUGGUGGCAAUUGUACCCUUUAAGAUGGUGAAGUCUGGCUUUGGGGAGGAGUCUGGCUUUGGGGAGGAGUCUGGCUCCGGGAAAAAGUCUGGCUCCCGGGAGGAGUCUGGCUCCGGGAAAAAGUCUGCCUCCGGGGAGGAAUCUGGCAGACGGAGGAGUCUGGGAUGCCAGACUCGGUUGCAGGGCUGUAAGCUUGUGUUCUACUCGAUGGGAUCCUUGUGCACGCAAAUGCAUCGAUUGAAAACCUGUCAAGUGGAAUAUGCGUGUCCGUCGCCGUCUGGGAUCAUUCCGCUUCUGGACUACGCGUUCUUGCUAGAUAGCCGGCUCAACGGCACAGACCACCCACGUUGUUCCGGUCUUACUAUCAUUGCGCCAGUGCUCGAUUAUGCUAUCAGUAAACUGAGACCCCUCCCGCAUGAGGGUGUGCAGAUAUGGCCGUUAGAAAUGCUCAAUCUGUCGAAAACUCGGAAGAGCUUCGUCUUCGACCAAAAAAAGGCCGAUAAGGAAAUGAAAAUGAACUUGCUCCGAACCACCAGCAAGCAUCAGCAGCUGUCGAUGUGUCCCAAACUACGAGACCACAUCUCCAUUGCCGGCUGGGAUGCCGAGUCGCACUGCGGAGACGCACUAGACAUGCACCGCUUUGCUUCUGCUUGUCUCCGCUGGGUUGCACCCAACUCGGAGCUGCAAAACGCCAUCAUUAAUGCCCUGAACGCGAACUGGGACGACCCUGAAAAUUCACGACUGCCCGAACUGCUGGUCAAGCACCUGUUUCUUUAUCACUUUUCAGAUAAGCAACGGACGCUCAGGACCCCGCGCCUGAUCGCCAACGCGGACAAGCGGAACCUCUAA